CUCGACGUUCUAGUUGCCUGCUUCUGUAGCCAAGGGAACGGUUAAGAUUUUCACGUUCAGCGAGACAUGUGUCCAUGAACCUUUGUGCGUAAUUUUGGACCAGUUUUGCGGUUACAUCGGUUAUUUAUAAUAUGAGCGCAUGAAAGUAAGACAGAUUCUAAAGGGGAAAUAAUAAAGCCUAGCCUACCUCAAGGUGGCCCUGCAGUUCACGUUCGGGAAAUUGUAAUUAGGGCAUGCAAUUGACUGUUUAUACAUAGCAGAGUUCGGAUAAACCGAGGCACGGAAGUAGCCUAUAACAACCUUUUCUUGGACAAAGAGCGGAGGAUUGUCUUGAUUGUUUAGGAUACCAUCUCCAAAAUCUCAUGUAUUCUUCAUCUAAGGAGCUGUAGAGUCGAAGAGGAUUUCUUUCACGAAGAUUUGCAGAUAUAACAUAUAAUUUCAACAGUUUCUCCUACUGCAGUGAGUGAACAUCGGACGAAAGCUUGCAUUAUUUGCGCCUUGUUUUUAUUGCACGGCAAGUUCGGGGACAUAUGCUACCUGACAGACAUCGAAACCCACAGGUCUGUAUGACGACCAACAUCAAGGAAUCAAUGCAAGCUUGGCUGAUCUAGAACAAUAACCUCCGUGUCCAUAUCGCGCCGCAGAGCGUAAAAUAUAUCUGAGUAUCUCGUAUUUGGUGAGCGUUCUACAGAAGUCGGAGUCUGGCUCCCACAGAAGCUUUCCACUGCAAAGCUCAUCAUCUGCCACUUCAAACAUCACCAGCCACAAGAGGAACGAUCCUGCCUUUGGCAUUUCAGAACACGCUGAUCAAAGACAGAGAAACCGCACUCCAGGAAGGACCUGGGGGAGGAUACCCAGUCAGAUGAUCCAGAUGACUCCCGUUUCCCCAAAGUCCACAUGACCAACGAGUACAUAAGCGACUGCUGACACGCCGUUUCUUCUCUCUCUACGAUGUUUCGGCCACUUUGUUGACCCUCCGGGUAGUCGUGGACCUCUGGCACAGCACUUGCGACAGCUAAAACCAGCAGGCACCACUGAGGGCAGAUGGCUCGUCCAGGUUCUGGGGUGCUGGUGUCGGUCAACGGGCUCGGGUACCCCCCUCAGAACCUGGCCAGAGUGGUGGUCUGGGAGUGGCUGAACGAACAUGGACGCUGGAGGCCGUACAGCGCGGCCGUGUGCCACCACAUUGAGAACGUGCUGAAGGGGGACGCCAGAGGGACGGUGGUGCUGGGACAGGUGGAUGCCCAACUCGCUCCUUACGUCAUCGACCUGCAGUCCAUGCACCAGUUCAGACAGGACACAGGCACCAUGCGCCCGGUCCACAGGAACUUCUACGAGCCGUCGUCGGCGCCGGGGAAGGGCGUGGUGUGGGAGUGGGAGAACGACGCCGGCUCCUGGACGGCGUACGACAUGGAGAUCUGCGUGACGAUCCAGAACGCGUACGAGAAGCAGCACCCCUGGCUGGACCUCAGCUCGCUGGGCUUCUGCUACCUCGUUGACUUCAACUGCAUGGCUCAGACCAACCGGCAGAGCCAGCGCAAACGCCGCCUGCGCCGCCGUAUGGACCUGGCCUACCCCCUCAUCAUGGGCUCCAUCCCCAAGUCCCAGUCGUGGCCGGUCGGCGCCAGCUCCGGCCAGCCCUGCUCCUGCCAGCAGUGCAUCCUGGUCAACAGCACGCGGGCCGCCUCCAACGCCAUCCUGGCGUCCCAGCGCCGCAAGCUGUACGGGGGGGCGUCGGGGGCGUCGGGGACGCUCGCCGUGGUGCGGCAGAGCAACACCUUCGCCGGGACGUCCCUCUGGGCCCCGUCGUCCGGGGCGGGGAGCAACAACAACAACAUCAGCAUGGGGGGAGGCCACGCCAAGCCCGAGCAGGUGCCGUUGCCCCUGUCCAGCGCCAACUUCCCCUGCUCCCCCGCGCUGCCCUCCCUUCCGCACGCCCACUCCCACGCCCACGCCAUCAACGGACAGAACAACCUGAACAGACCGGGCACUCAGCGCAUUUCCAUGGGCUCUGCCAGAGGAGCUAUCCCGCCUGGGGUUCCUGCUCUCCCUGUCAAGAACCUGACGGGCUCUGGAGCUGUUCACCCUGCACUAGCUGGCAUGACAGGUAUCCUGAUGUGUGCGGCAGGUCUGCCCGUGUGCCUGACCCGGGCUCCUAAACCCAUCCUGCACCCCCCGCCCAUCAACAAGAGCGACAUGAAGCCUGUACCAGGGGUGACCGGCACCUGCCGCAAGACCAAGAAGAAACACCUCCGGAGAGGAAAAAACCCUGAGGAGGUGGUGCGGAGAUACACGGAGAAGAUAAAAGUAGUCCCAGAUGAGGACUGUACCAUCUGCAUGGAGAGGCUGGUGAUGUCAUCUGGGUAUGAGGGGGUCCUGCAGCACAAAGGCAUCAAGCCAGAGCUGGUGGGCAAGCUUGGCAAGUGUGGCCACAUGUACCAUCUGCUGUGCCUGGUGGCCAUGUACAACAAUGGCAAUAAGGACGGCAGCCUGCAGUGCCCCACGUGUAAGGCCAUCUACGGGGAGAAGACGGGCACCCAACCCCCUGGGAAGAUGGAGUACCAUGUCAUCCCCCACUGCCUGCCCGGCUACCCAGAGGCCACGACCAUCCGCAUUGUCUACGACAUUCCUGCUGGCAUCCAGACCACCGAGCACCCCAGCCCAGGGAAGAAGUUCAGUGCCCGGGGUUUUCCACGCCACUGCUACCUUCCCGACAACGACAAAGGCCGGAAGGUCCUGAAGCUCCUGAUCAGGGCGUGGGACCGCCGCCUCAUCUUCACCAUCGGCACAUCCAGCACCACGGGAGAGUCGGACACGGUGGUGUGGAACGAGAUCCACCACAAGACCGAGUUCGGCUCCAACCUGACAGGCCACGGCUACCCCGACCCCAAGUACCUGGACAACGUUCAGACGGAGCUCUCCGCUCAGGGCGUGGGAGAGGACAACCUGAAGGACUGAGGUGUGGCGUGGGGAGAGUCACCCCCGAGGAGCAUCCUUACCCAUAACCCCCUUCUCCCUCCCAGCAAGGGGCUGGCCGUCUGCAUGAUGGGUCGUCAUCCAACAGGGAACUGUCUGUAACUCCCAAACACUCAAACCAAACAGAUGUGUAGGCAUACGACCAAAAGAAAAACAGCCAGUGACACGGUUGUGAUCAUUGUCAUGGUUCAGUAACACUGUUUUUGCAUAUACCCAAAUAUGGUAACACUGGUCAACUGCUGUCUCUUUGUCCAUGCCUUGAGGAUGUUUAUUCUUGCCAAAUUUUCAAUCUAAUAGGAUAAAGGUAUAUAUAGAAAAAAUAGAUUUAGUUGAAAUGUGUUGAGAUGGGAUUUGAUGAGGAGCGUAGGACAAUGAAGGAGAUGUAUUUGAGAAUGCUUUUUGAAAUGUAUUUGACAGUCACAUGUUUUGGAGUGACAUGUUGACCUAAAUGUUGGAUUUGAAUUGUUGACCGCGUAUCUGCCAUUUUUAAGACAGUUGGUUUGGGAUCCUGAAACCGUAUCAAAGUUUAGUUUAUGGAAUGUUCAUCUAAAAGAUUAGGAAAUUGUGUUGUAUUUUGUGGUUGGUCAUUGUUUAGAAAACUUCAGGAAAUUGUCAAUAUGCAGAAAGUAUUUAAAUUUUAAAUGGUUGGCUUUUGCCGAGUUUAGAUUCUCAAAUUCACACCAAUCCAAACCAGGUCUUUGUUGUGGUUGUUCAAGGAUUUGGUUGUGUUUUUCUUUUUUUAAAGGAGAGGCCUUUUGGCAUGAUUUAAUACAUCCAAACAUGCUGUACUUCUAAGGCGACCCUGAGGAGCGAACAAGCACCUCUGAUUGGCUCUCCCCAAAGCAAGCAGACAGCUGGCAUUCAGCCAGGCUGUCAAACCAAGGCUUCAACUGCAUGAUCCUGACUGAGAGAUACAGAUGAGAUAUGGUGUCUUGCCCUAAACGUUUAUUUUCAUGGGGUACCUUGAAGAGUAUCGUUCAAAGCGGGCGUGAAAUAGGUUAAGCAAGCGUCUCACCGGCCAGUCAGAUGCUUGUUAAAAACUUUGGGAGAGUGUUAAAGCUGAGGCAAGCAGACAGGACUCGUAACACUGCAAGGUGAAACCCAUUUGUUUUGUUGACACACUGAUGAUGCUGACCUCUCUGAAUAAAGCCUGCCUUAUUAACCUCCCUCUGGAGGAGGCUGGGACGCUGGCAUGAUCCAUCACACUCCCUACACGCGUGUGUGUGUGUGUGUGCGUGUGCCCCCGCUGUAGCGUUAACAAACUCUGCCUUAGUCCUUGAGCGGAGAAACCAAACAUGUUUCUCAGUUGAGCGUCCACAUCCUUCUUUGAGAGCGAGCGUCUCCUAAGAGAUCCAUCAUGGACAGAGUUGCCCUCGCGUACAGUCCUCUGAUCUACGAGCCCUGGGCAGGCUGGAGCAGGCGGGCACGGCCCUGUCGAGCACCUCUGGUGCUGCGACCCUCUGCUCAAUGGCCAUCCCAGUCCUCCCCCCCCCUCACUGAAGGGCGCUAGGUGUGAUUCUGAGGUACGAGUCCUUGCCUGUCCCUCCUCAGCCAAGCAGCAGCUUGCUGGCCUGAGAGAGCUGGGUUUGUUGUUGACAAAGUACAGGAUGCUGAUGAUGUUGCUCUGGGAACAGUGGCUCCUUUCUGCUCUCUCCUCCCACAGGAUCCGAUCAGACCAGAGGCUCGUUAGCUUACCCGUUUCCGAUGGUCCUGGUUGGACGGUAUAUCUUACGACGUUGCUUGUCCUGUGUCGUGUACAGUUUGUGAUGCAGCUUAAUUCUCUUCUCCGGAUAUUGUACAUUUUCGUGGGCGGAGGUGUUGCUGGUAAUCCUGAAGGGGUUGUUGUGGAAGUUUGUUGAACAGCUGCCCACCCCUGUGGGAUUGAUCUUUCGGAUGCUUUUGAAAACUUUGGACUGAAUCCUGGUCUUCCGUAGCACUUUGAGGCAGCAGUUUUCUUUAAUCAAUCCUUUAAUUUUAGGAAGAUGUCUUUAACUGUAUUGGCUACAAUAUCUGCAGUUUUUUAUGUUGAUGUUUAUAAACUGUCUUGUACCGCUUUAAAAUAUACUAUAUCCACAUUUGCAGAUGUGAGAAACCUUUAAAUUUAAGCUCAUUUUGAGUCAUAUGGUGUAAGUUUAAUUUAUUUUUAUACUCUUCUAUAUAAGGAAAAUAUAAACACACACUCUACUUGCCCACAUAUCUAUAAACACAGGCACAUGAUAAACAUGAAAUACAUAAAAUCUGGCAAAGAAGAAUUUGCCAGGAUGUCAGGGACUGUUGAAAUAUGUAUGCCAUGUUAUGAAGUUCUUAUAUUACCAGUAGUCUCAUUGUUGCAGGUGUUGUUACCUUGAUGUAGAACUUGUGUAGUUGACCCCCUGAAAGGGAUUCCAGUAAGUACGGUGAGUGUCUCUUUUUCAUUGGCUGGGGGGCAUUUAACAGCAUGAUGUUGGCCAAUCCCCAUGUAGAGACCCCGGGAACCUGAAGGGGGAAAACCACCAUUCGUUUCUGUCCUAUUCUAAGCUUGUGAGAGUCAAACAAAGGUAACUCAGCCUGCUCCAUUUGAAUGUUUACUUUCUCUUUUCGAGCUUUUUGUCGUCACUCUCUUGAAUGGGAAUUUAGGAAAGAAAUGCUUCCAGUCUUUAUCAGGGAUAUUUUCUCCAUUUUAAGUGAGGCAUAUUGAAUUGAGUUGUACAGAUACAGCUUGCUUGAUCAAUCUUUUUCCCCCCAUGUCUUACGUAUUCGAAAUGUUGUGUGUCAGUGAUAGGAAUAGAAUACUUCAGGAUGCAAACCAUCUUGGCUUUUCAGGUGUGUACUUUUGGGAGAAUGGCUUACCGAUGUUAUACGAAACCAGACUAAUGGCUAUGCUGGUGGACU